UGACGAAUAUUGUGUGAAUGUACAGUAAGUAGCCUGCGUGUGUGGGCAAGGAACGUCGGUUGGGUUCUGUAAAAUGUGAGUCCUCCCAUCCUUUAACAUCUACCGUGCCCUAAGAUACACACAGAGGAUGAGGGCAGUCGCUGUGUGGCAGGGGACGCAGCGUGGAUAACGUUCUCCUGAAGGAACCGCUGAGGAUGCGUCUGCGUAUCUGUGCUUUGAAAUGCGUUACAUUGAUUUCUAAUUGAAACGUAAGUACUGACUGUUGCUGUUUGUUCUUUGCAAGACAGCUUCAACUUCAAGUUGCCUUUCAACAAACAGCAGCCUUUCAUUCGAGAGAGUAAAAGGCAGAUACAGUCGAAAAUGUAGUCUUUCAGCACGAGGACCAGAAGAUGCCCGGAUUUCUCUACCAGGUUGCGUGGUUUUUCGUGAUCUUGGAGUCUACCAGUGGCUUCAGCGGGGUCGCUUCCUUUCCCGCCCCUUUAAUGUAAUUUAUCCAUGAUGAAGACACAACUUUUCAGGGGACAUUUAAAUUGAAAGGCGUUCGCCACCGUUGGGACUUGACCAGGGUUGCAUGGACAAUGUGCAGCGGAUGUUCCUUAAUAAACAAAACGUUUGUUUACGAUGAUGGGACCGCGGACACCGACAGAACCGGAGGCAACCAUGAGCCCGCUGCGUCGAUCCUCGAGUUCUCCUGGAGACAGGUCAUCGUCCACUGAGACGCUUCAGAAGAACAACAGCAGUAACACCGGAGUUAUCUUGGACAUCUCCGCCCUGAAGAUGGCCGACGUGGACUCCGAGGUUCCCCCGCUCCCUCCCCGGUACCGCUUCAGGGACCUCCUGCUGGGAGAUCAGUCCUUCCAGAAUGACGACAGGUGUCAGGAGGAGUACAGUAUGGACUCUACCAACGCCCAGGUGCAGGUGGAGUUCUAUGUGAAUGAAAACACCUUUAAGGAAAGGCUCAAGCUGUUCUUCAUCAAAAACCAAAGGUCAAGCCUGAGGAUCCGUCUUUUUAACUUGUCCUUGAAGCUUUUGACGUGUGCCCUUUACGUCCUCAGAGUGAGUCUGGAUUACCCUGAACAAGUCACUGACAUAUGUGUCACCUGUCCAAAUAGAACAAGCCCAGCAGCGGCAGAAUCCACAGAAAUCACAGAAAUCAACUGGGACUUGAUUUUCUGGGUGAACAGAAAGGUUCCUGUAUGGGCAAUACAGGUGACGGUGGCCUUAAUCAGUUUUCUGGAGGCGAUGCUCCUCACGUAUCUCAGCUACAAGGGGAAUAUCUGGGAGCAGAUUUUCCAGAUCUCCUUCAUUCUGGAGAUGAUAAAUACUGUGCCAUUUAUAAUCACUAUCUUCUGGCCUCCAUUGAGAAACAUCUUCAUCCCAGUGUUUCUCAACUGUUGGUUGGCGAAGUGUGCCCUGGAGAAUAUGAUUAACGAUCUCCAUCGUGCCAUCCAGAGGACCCACUCAGCCAUGUUCAACCAAGUCCUCAUACUCAUCUGCACCCUGCUCUGUCUGGUCUUCACUGGGGCUUGUGGUAUCCAACAUCUAGAGCGGGCCGGGAAGAACCUGACCCUGUUCAACUCUCUGUAUUUCUGCAUCGUCACCUUCUCUACGGUGGGAUAUGGUGACGUCACACCCCACAUCUGGCCAUCCCAGCUGCUGGUGGUCAUUCUCAUUUGUGUUGCCCUCGUGGUGCUCCCGCUCCAGUUUGAAGAGCUAGCAUAUCUUUGGAUGGAGCGUCAGAAGUCGGGCGGGAACUACAGCCGACACCGGGCUCAGACGGAGAAACAUGCCGUGCUCUGUGUCAGCUCCCUGAAGAUAGACCUGCUCAUGGACUUCCUCAACGAGUUCUACGCUCAUCCCAGACUACAGGACUACUACGUAGUGAUCCUGUGUCCCACGGAGAUGGAUAUCCAGGUGCGUCGCAUCCUCCAGAUCCCUCUGUGGUCCCAGAGGGUCAUCUAUCUCCAAGGGUCGGCCCUUAAAGACACAGACCUCAUGAGGGCCAAAAUGGAUGAUGCAGAAGCCUGUUUCAUCCUGAGCAGUAGAAAUGAGGUGGAUCGCACUGCUGCUGACCACCAGACCAUACUGAGAGCUUGGGCUGUGAAAGACUUUGCCCCAAACUGCCCACUGUACGUCCAGAUCCUUAAACCAGAGAACAAAUUCCAUGUGAAGUUUGCCGAUCACGUGGUAUGUGAGGAGGAAUUCAAGUACGCCAUGCUGGCCCUGAAUUGUGUGUGUCCGGCCACGUCCACAUUGGUCACGCUGCUCGUACACACCUCCAGAGGACAGGAGGGCCAGCUGUCUCCGGAACAGUGGCAGAGGACGUAUGGGCGAUGCUCCGGCAACGAGGUCUACCACAUCCGUCUGGGUGACAGCAAGUUUUUUGGCGAGUAUGACGGGAAGAGUUUCACCUAUGCCUCCUUCCACGCACACAAGAAGUACGGCGUGUGUCUGAUCGGGGUGAAGAGGGAGGACAACAAGAGCAUCCUGCUGAACCCGGGGCCGCGUCACAUCAUGGCCGCCCCGGACACCUGCUACUACAUCAACAUCACCAAGGAGGAGAACUCCGCCUUCAUCUUCAAACAGGAGGAGAAGGACAAGAAGGGCCUGCCGGUGGCCGGGCUGUACGACGCCCCCUCCAGGCUGCCAGUGCACAGCAUCAUCGCCAGCAUGGGGACAGUAGCCAUGGACCUUCAGAACCCGGCAGACCCCCCAGAGGACAGCAGCAAACUGAGCCUGCCAACGGAGAACGGGGCUGGGAGCCGACGGCCCAGCAUCGGCCCCGUCCUGGAGAUAGCUGACUCCUCUUCCAUCCUGCCAUGUGACCUGCUCAGCGACCAGUCAGAGGAUGAGACCAGCCAAUCAGAGGAAGAGGGCUCGUCCGUGUCAGACUUUGUGAAAGGAUAUCCUCCCAACUCGCCAUACAUCGGCAGCUCUCCAACCCUGUGCCAUCUUCUACCGCAGAAAGCCUCAUUCUGCUGUCUCCGCUUGGAUAAGAAAUGCAACCACAACAGUUUUGAGGAUGCCAAGGCCUAUGGUUUUAAGAACAAGCUGAUCAUAGUGUCGGCAGAGACGGCAGGAAACGGCCUCUAUAACUUCAUUGUUCCUCUGAGGGCUUACUACCGUCCCAGGAAAGAGCUCAACCCUAUCGUACUACUUCUGGACUACCCGCCUGACAAUCACUUCCUAGAAGCCAUCUGCUGUUUCCCAAUGGUCUACUUUAUGGCUGGGACCAUAGAUAACCUGGAUAACCUUCUCCAGUGCGGCAUCAUCUACGCCGACAAUCUGGUGGUGGUGGACAAGGAGAGCACAAUGAGCGCUGAGGAGGACUACAUGGCCGACGCCAAGACCAUAGUCAACGUUCAGACCAUGUUUAGGCUGUUUCCGAGUCUUAGCAUCAUCACUGAGCUGACCCAUCCCUCCAACAUGAGGUUCAUGCAGUUCCGGGCAAAAGACUGCUACUCCCUGGCUCUCUCCAAACUGGAGAAGAUAGAGCGAGAUAAGGGUUCCAACCUGGCCUUCAUGUUCCGCCUGCCGUUCGCUGCCGGCAGGGUGUUCAGUAUCAGUAUGUUGGACACGCUGCUCUACCAGUCAUUUGUUAAGGACUACAUGAUUCCGAUAGCAAGGCUUCUGCUUGGCCUGGAUACCACACCAGGGUCUGGUUACCUAUGUGCAAUGAAGGUGACAGAAGAGGAUCUGUGGAUCAGGACAUAUGGCAGGUUGUUCCAGAAGCUGUGUUCCUCCAGUGCAGAGAUUCCUAUAGGCAUAUAUCGCACAGAGUCUCACAUGUUCUCCUCUUCUGAGAUAAAGGCUAGUUACAAACAGUCUCAAGUGUCCAUCAAUGUGGAUGACCCCGUGGGUGAUGAACCGAGAGACAGCCGCCGCGAGCCCUGGAAGAAGACUGCUCACCGGAACUCCACCGCCAGCGACCAAUCAGAACACCCGUUACUGAGGAAGAAGAGCCUCCAGUGGGCGAGGCGCCUGAGCAGGAAGAACACCAAACCACCAACCAGGACCGAAAGGAUCUCCCAACAGCGCCUCAACCUGUACCGGCGCUCUGAGAGACAGGAGCUGUCUGAACUGGUCAAGAACCGCAUGAAGCACCUGGGCCUGCCAACAGUGGGAUACGAGGAUGUUGCUAAUCUUACAGCGAGCGAUGUCAUGAACCGAGUUAAUCUAGGAUAUUUACAAGAGUUGCAGGGCAUUUCAGAGCAUCCGAUAAGUGAAGAGACCAGAACAGGGGCAAACACAGGUGGGUUUGGUGAAGCCGAUGCACUUUACCCCCCAACCCCAGAGCUUGAGCCCCAUUCUGUCCCAGAUGAGAUGAACGACCACCAGAACACACUGUCCUAUGUUCUUAUCAACCCACCCCCAGACACAAUGCUGGAGCUCAAUGACAUUGUGUACAUUAUCCGGUCAGACCCGUUGGCAGGGCCUGAUGUGCCAGAGGACCCAGCCCAGGGGCAGAGCAGCAGCGGUCGGAGGAUGAGGCAGGACUUCGGCACAGAGACCAGAGACGAAACCCACCUCUGAAACUGAAACCUCUCACCACUCUCAGAUCUCUUCCCACAUUUCACCCCCUUGUUGACCCCAUUUGCACGACACAGAGACACAAGGGGAAAUCCCCCAGUUCCUCACUGCCCCUGCCCACCCUUUCAUCUUCCUGCCCCCCCCAAGUCUCUGUCAGACUUAUAAGAGCUGCUAUUGAAGGAUGCAUGAAGAGUACCUCAUCAUUAACUAAGCUAAAACUUUAGAGAGCAUCAGACAGGCAUACUCAGACAUGGCCCUCAUAGCAAAAGAUGAUAGAACAUGAACAAUACGCCAGUUGAUGGAAACCGACUGUGGACAACCAGAGAAAAGGCGGAUGAUGCUUUGAAUAUCCAGAGGUUUGUUUGAUUUGUCUGGUUGGCACAUUAGGCAGGUGUUCACACUUUAGUGCCAAUGGAAUGGUGUCAAAAGGUAAUACUGUUCCCACGUGCACAGAUAGACCACAGGGGCAUCAGCCCCUGCCCUUUUCCCCUCAGACUCAACAAGUGCCCUUUUUGGUGGUUACGCUGCCUGCGUUGCACCAUUCGCUCCUAUGGGCACGCGUCGUCCAUCUGUAAUGCACAUUGCGCUAGCUGACGGACGCCGGCGUGUCGACCGGCAUCAGUUCCUUUUGCACCAUAAAUCCAGGGGGGACAUUUCUUUUCCAGAUUCGGCACAAGCCCCUCUAUUUGCUUUGGCUUUUACCCCCUAAAUGUCUGUGCACGGCAAUGUGUUCCCGGUGGACCAGCGAGCUCACCUAGCGUGCCUGUGAGUGUGUGUGGAUUGUGUAAUUAUCAUUUGCAAAAUCAUGACAUGUACAGUUUUGUACAAAAAUGCUUUCUCUUAAAAAAAUUCCUGGGUAUAUUCAUGUAUUUACAUCAAUCAUGAAAGUCUAAUAACACUUUUUAAAAUUGCUUCAUCUUCCCUAUGAGCACAAGUCUAAUAAGCAAAAUGUUGAAAACAAGGCAACAUUUCUUACCCCACAAAUGGUGCACCACCCCUGGGCCAAUUUUGUAAAUCAGUAAUUUCUCUAUUACAAAAUACAUAAUUUAUCCCAGUUUAGUCAAAAUCAAACAUGGUGUCUGGUAUUUUGUGGUUUAAUAAGACUGAUAUCUGUGACUGUGUGCCAAAUGUCAUCAAUCUUAGUCAAACAGAUCGAGAGAUAAACAUGUGCCCGUUAUAGCACCACCGUGUGGUCGAUAUGAAAGUUACUGUGUAUGUUGAGUCAAGAUAGUAUUUCCAAUAGGUACUAGAUUUUGUUAUUUUCUAAAUAUCUUUGACUGAUUGAUAUGCAUUUUUUGUUUAGAGGUCAAUAGCGACCAUGUUGAUUUAGUAAAGAUAUUGCGUUGAGCGUUCUUUGUCCAUAGAUGUUGCAUAUCAAGUUUUGUACAGAUGGUUCAUUCACUGCCAAAGGAGUAUUUUUAACAAAAGUAUUGGAUAAUCCAUCUUGGUCGACCUUACAGACAAAUUUUCCAUGGUAAGAAGAACCUACAGUAUCUACCAAAUUUCAUGAGUUUAUCCAAACAGGUGAGGGGUGUGCCCAGCCUGUUUUUGCCUGGUGACAAAAGGAAUAUUAAUGAACAGUUCCAACCAACCCUCUUGCGUUAUAUAUAAAUAAAAGGGCAGGUUGAGAUACCCUUUAAAAAUGUUAAAGUAAAUGACAAACCUUGAUCAAUUGUGCAAUGCUCCUACUUCAAUCUAUUCUUGUCAAAGUGUCUGGUUCUUCAUACUCCACUCAAUGUUCAGCUAAUGCCUGAGUUUCACAGUUAUGACCACAUUUUGAGUUACAGUAUAUUACAGUACAAUGAUCAGUUCUCAACUGUUUACAGUGGCAAACCUGUGUGUGUUAUGAAUACUUGUUGAGAACCAUACUAUAUUGUACAUAUAAAAUGACAGUUCACUCUAAAAUGAGUUUAUAUGCGUUCAGAUGUCAAAUGGAAUCUAAUGUUUAUUUGGAAUAAACAAUAACAUGAAGUCUGUUGAAAUGGCGAGUACAUUAGCUUAGUUAUGUUGCAAGCUGGCUUCUGAGAUGUCUUUUCAUUUGUACUGGCAUCACAUGUACAGUAAAGGCUAAUGUUUUGUGAACUUUAUACUGUUUAUGUAAUUAUUUAAGAGAUUUAUUUAUCAAUUUAUUUUAUUUAUGAUACUGUUUUGUUUGUUUGAACUGUGUGGUUUUACCAUUGUAAAUACUUGAAAACUUUGUAUACUGAUUGUUUGGUUCAAUGUUCUUUUUGUUGUUAUUACAGAAAUUACAUUUAAAGAUAGGACUUGAAAUACAUUUGCACUAAGCUCUGCGACAGUUAAUAGAGCUUUAUAGCAUGACCCUUUAACCCAAAAACUAAACUAUACAAUAAAGCAGACUACAGUAUUCACACAGUGUGAUUAAGUCUCCAUACAGUCAGAACUGUUACAUACUGUAUUUAACAGUUUCCAAAUUACAUUUGGAAACUUUGAAUUGAUCAUUAUUGUCAAUGUAAACUAAAUAAUAUAUUUUCCUAUGCGCCAUUUCUGCUGGCUUGUUAUCAAAACGAAAUAUCAAAGUGGCUGUGUUGCAAUGUGAAUUGAGUGAUUGCAUGAAUGAAAUUGAUGAGGCUUACAAGAGGGAAAAAACAGCCAAGAUGAGGCUUUGACAUUUUAUGAGGGACUGGAGAUUUUAAGUGUUCCUUGUUUUGGGAUGUAGUCUACCGAAGUCCACAUUCCCACUAAAGAAGUACUACAGGAUAUGUAAAUAGUGUAUCACACUUACCCAGCCUGCAGUUGGGCAGUUUACAGGUUUGGAGGGCUAAAGUGGUGUGUGGGUAAUAAUCACCCUGGAGACGAGGAGCAGUGAAUCAUCUCCCAUCACUUCUUGUGACCCGCCCCUCAUCAUUGUCAUGUCAGAUUGGAUCCCUAAAGCCAUUCAAGGCUAUUCUUUUUUUUGGAGAAGUUUAAAAGUACAGUACAAAAAAAAGCUUGUUAAUUCUAUAUAAAAAGAGGCAUGCGUACACAAAAAGCAUGUUUUGAAAAAAAAGCCUGCCAAGCCAGAUAUUUUCCCCAACAGUAGGCUACCUGUGUGAAGUAUCACAACUAGAAAAAUUCAUCUGAUUAUAUCUCCUGCUUGGUAUUCGUAAGCCUAUCGUUUGAAAUCUUUAUAUGGGACCGUGCAUGUCCUCCAGACUUAUCCAAAACCUCUGUUUACCCUUCACUUUAAUGUUUUAAAUUAAUAUUCAAAAGUUUGAUCCAUUUUGUACUAUUUCUUAAAAAGAAGUCUGUGUACUCUACCAUGGUGAAAAAUAUGAAACAAUAAAUGCUGCAUGCAGCCGGAAACAU